UACAGAGUUGUAAGAUGGCGGCGCGGUGGGGAACAGGCGAGGAUAUGUUAACAGCCUGCAAUACUCAAAUAUUUUCAACGAUGAGUUUUGAUGAGGCUGAUCUGCUUCAGGAGAGUUUCUCUGCCAGCUGUCUGGAGUAUCACAGCCUAAACGAUGGAGAUGCUCUGGAGGCUGUACAUGGCUGCCUUGAUUCUUCAAUUCUGUCCAUUUUUGAGGACAGCCCCACUGGAGAAGUGAAAAGUAAUAUUGAUGAGGAAAGUGAAGUGACACUACUUACAGCACUUACUGAGAUACUUGAUAAUGUCGAUGAUGACAAUUUGUCCCCUUUUGACACUCUACCGGAUUCAGACCUGUUCUCAGGACAGAAGGGUCAGGAGCACUUACCGAUGAAGAAGUUCCUGUCACGACCUUCCCUUGAAAAAGAAUCCUUAAUUCAAACAAGACAAUUUCCUGGAAAGACUAUGCCACGAAUGCAGAGAGCUUCCCAACAGAACAGUGAGGGAGAAGAAGAAGAUGGAGAUAGUUUUCCAUCACCCACAGCCAAUAUUGAUUUACCGUCACUGGAUGGAUUUGAUUGGUGCCUACCUGUGUCAUUAGAGCAAGAUGAAGAUGGCAUGUCUGUAACUCUUGGAGAUUUAGUGAAACAAAUGCACCCUUACUGCAUGACGUUAUGUAUGGAAGGUGAAGAAGGACAGGAGCAUCUUUUGCCUGAAGGGGGCAUCGUACUUGAAGUGGUUGAUCAAGGAGAGCAUGGUGAGCCCAUCCUGGCAAUCCCAGAUCUCAGACUUCCUCUUCCUCUUUCCACAAACUCGGCAGAGGGUGAGCAGAGAGUCCCAGAGAAGAACACGCAUGAACCAAAACCUAAAGAAGACCAAGCUAUUUCUGAAGUAUCUGCAAAGGAAGAGGAGAAAGGGGUUGUGAAAUCACAUAAAAAUAAAUCAUCUGAUAAAUGCAACUCAAGAAGGAAGAAGAAAAAGGAAAAGAUUAAGGCCACUUUAGUUAAACGGAGGGUUUCAAAAAGCUCGUCCACUAAAGUUAAAGAGGAGAAACAACAGGAAGGACAAAAAAUUAAGAAUGUGGCACCUUCUGCUGUGUGUUUACAAGCGGAUCCUGUCAGUCCUACACCUGAACAUUCAACAGGGUCAAUGGCCCCUGAGCCACAGGUUGGAAAAGAGCACACCAUGACCUGUCAAGCUGAUAAAGGAAUCACUGAAUCAAAGCCAGAGGACAAACCUAUGCCAGUUGAAAAGUCCACAGAUCCAGAACUAUCUUCAAAACAAGAACCUGCUAGCGAGCAACCUACUGUUUGUCAGAAUAAUGAAAUUAAACCCAAACCUCUCAGUUUGCAGCAGUACCGUCUCCUCAGACAGCAGAAGAAACCAGAACCGAUAAACAAGAAUGAACAUAACAGUACUAAAUGGCCCACGUUGCCCGAAGCACCCAAGGAGCUUCCGCCUAUACCCUGCCUGGCUGAGUCCAACCUCAAAGAUCCACGCAAAACCCAGUUUACUCCGUUUAAAAAAGAUCUUGGUCCUGAAGUAAUGCCUGCUUGGCAUCCAAGAGGCCCAGCUGCUCCACCGACACCUGAAGCCUUGCUCAUCCCUCCAGCAUCCAUGCUAGCUUCCUCUAAGAAACCUGUGCCUUCUAAACUAGCCCAUCCAACAUCCUGUACAUCAGCUCCUCCCCAACCUUCUCCAUCCACCUCACCCCAGAAAGUACCUGGUGAUACUACAUCCCCAGCAGUUCAACCGUCUUCAUUAAACUCACCUCAGAAACCUACCAGUGCUCCUCCGAACACUAUUCAAACCGAGACCUCUAAUCCUAUAAGGCAGAUGGCUCCCGAAAGGACAACAUCACUACCACUGCCCACUAUACCUGGAGACCCUCGCAGUCUCCACUCACCUAGUCUUAAAGAAUGUUUAAAUAGGAAACCUUGUGCGGAUCGUGUGGUUGAAGAAAUGCCGGUGGCUGCAUCUAAACUUUCAGAAUCCUUAAAGCCCCAGGCAGUAAUUAAAAGCUCUUCAACUACAGUACAGAGCUCAAAGUCUCCAUCUUAUAAUGCUGCUGUGCCUGUAAAGACAGAAACUAAGCAGGCUGUUUUGGCCUCUGCAUCUGAUCAAGGCAAAAACACUUUAUCUAACUUGAAAAAGCUGACCACACAGCCUCGGGUCUCACCAAUAGCUGCCCAGCCUUUUAUUUCCGCUCAAGUUCAGGCCAGAGUUGUUGAACUUGCCGAGCAGAUGAGGAUGGCAUCUUCUGAGAUCCCCAAACCAAAGAACACCAAUGAGUUGAUUGAGUCAUUCACAAGUGAAAUUGGAAUUGAAGCUUCUGAUCUUACAAGCCUUCUGGAGCAGUUUGAAGAGUCUCAGUCCAAAGAAGAGCAGAGCGUUGCGGAGGUCUGUGGUAGAGCAGCCGCUGUAGGAAACUCCAGUUUUGAGCAGCAAGUGAAGACCAAGGCACUGGAGAAAACUAAAAAUCAUGACCUGGGCAGCACAGCAGGCCUUACACCACCAGCCACACCUCCACACCAGAUGUGGAAGCCUGUUGCACCAGUAGCACUUCUGGAGAAAACCCGAAAGUUAGAUAUAACUAAACCAACUCCUAAUAAGGUUAUUCAGAUAGAGCCGAGACCACUACCAUCAAAUAAACUGCGCAGUAAACCUCCGACCACUACUACCACUGGGCAAACUCAACCUUUCUCACUGGACCACGAUUACUGCCUGCCUCCAAAGGAACCCCAACAAAAUGAAGUUGGUAAUCGGUGGAAUGUCAAGCAGCAACCUAGCAUUAUCAUCAAGACUGUUGAGCUGUCCUCAAACAAGGCAUCCCAGCACAGCAUCCCCAAGACACCACCAGUUACAGAGGAACCCCCCAAAAAUCUCAGCCUCAGUCAGUCUUCUGUGGAUAAGAGGGAUGCAUUAAAGAGCUCUGUCUUGGAGACUCCAGAUGCUUCUCCAAACAGGCCUGACUCUGAAAGCUCUCUACUGAAUGAAGCAAAAGGCAACCAGACAAUAUCUCUGAGCUACUCUGAGUCCUCCUCCAGGCAACACCAGCAGAAGAGAGGACGCUCGAGACGAAGAUACAGAGCUCGAUCCUCUAGUAGCUCUGAAUCCAGCUCUGCAUCCUCCUCCAGAUCACGAUCACCACCCAGGAAAAGAUACAGAUCUAGCAGCAGAUCAAGCUCAUCGUCACGGUCCUGUUCCCGAUCCAGCUCCAGGUCUUAUUCCCCACCCCGCAGGCGUCGCAAUUCCUACUCAAGUUCACGCUCUGGAUCUUGGAGCCGAAGCCGCUCCCGAUCUAGAUCCCGCUCUUCUGAUUUACAUGGACGUCGGCAUUGGACAAGUAAUAGAAGCCCUAAUCAAAGGUCUGGAUACCGCUAUUCACGAAGUCACAGUGAAGAUUCAAGGAGACGCAAGGAAAAAGCAAUUGAGGAGAGGAGAAUAGUUUAUGUCGGAAGAAUCAGUGGAAACAUGACUCGCAAGGAGCUGAAGGAACGUUUCUCAUUUUUCGGAGAGAUUGAGGACUGCACUGUGCACUUUAGAGAAAAUGGUGACAACUAUGGAUUUAUUACAUAUUACGACACAAAAAAUGCAUUUGAUGCUAUUGAGAAUGGAAGCAGACUGAGGGAGCCGAAUGAACUUCCAUUUGACCUGUGCUUCGGAGGCAGGAGGCAGUUUUGCAAGACCAGUUACGCUGAUCUUGAUUCAAACCGGGAGUAUGAGCCAACGCCUUCAAAGGGAAAAUUUGAUGCACUAGACUUUGACACUUUACUCAAACAAGCUCAGAAGAAUCUCAAGAGGUAACAAUUAGUCAAGCCACAGGAGAGACAACCUAUUACCUCACAGCAAAAAUGCUGCCCCACACAUACAGUGUUGCCUCCCAAAUUAAUGUUUAUGUUUGUUUUGGUUUGUUUUGUUUUUCUUUUUGUGUUGCUUCUGCAAGUUUACACCUUCUAUUGAAGUGAAGAUUUGUAAGAAAAAUCAAAAGUGGAAAAAAAAAGAAUGGAAUAUAUCAUUGUGGAAUAGAUAAAAUCAUUUUUUUAAAGGAUAAAAUUUAUUUAAAUGUUUAAUCUAACUUGCAAGAUGUUAGGUGCAUUUUAAUAACAAACUGAAUGACAUUAUGUUGGGGGAAAUGAAAAUGUAUUUCAACCCCAAUAAAGUGGAAAACGGA